AUGGAGAGUUUUGAUGAUAUGGUUGAUAUGGAAGUCAUAAAUGAUCAAGAGUUAUUGAUUAAUCUGAAAAAGAGAUAUUAAUAAAAAAAAAUAUUCACAUACGUCGGACCCACAUUGUUGGUCAUUAAUCCAUUUGAGGCAUGUCCUCACCUUAUCAAUAUGGAAAUUAAGAACAAAUAUAUUUAACAGGCCAUCAAUAAGGAAAAUAGGAGCAGUCAACCUCCACAUAUGUAUGCAAUAGGUGCUGAAGCAAUUAAGAGUUUAUUUGAAAAUUAAAAAAAUUAAGCAAUCAUCAUAUCUGGUGAGAGCGGAGCAGGCAAAACAGAAAAUGCAAAGUCAUGCAUGAAUCUAAUCACCAGUGUCAAAUUCGAUACUCCAAGGCAAUCACAAGAGAAAAAAAAUAGUAUCAAUAAAUUCGCCAUUGAAGAUCGAAUCCUAUCAUGCAAUCCAAUCUUGGAAGCAUAUGGCAAUGCCAAGACACUGAGAAACAAUAACUCAAGUAGAUUCGGCAAAUAUACUAAAAUUUAUAUCUCGAAGAACGACAAGAAAAUCAAAGGAGCUCAGAUAUACAAUUAUUUACUGGAGAAGAGUAGAAUCUGUUUGCAAGGAAAGGGUGAGAGGAAUUUCCAUAUCUUCUAUCAUAUUUUAAAGGGAAUGCCUAUUAAUGAAUUAUAGUAAUUGUUCUUAAGUGAAAAUGAUUAACCCAUCCAAUUAAACAAGGUCUCAUACAUUAAUACUAUCCAGGAUGUUGAUGGAAUCGAUGAUAAGAAACUCUAUGAUGAAGUCAUUCAGUCCUAUAAUUUAUUAGGUUUGGAAUCAGAUAAGUCGAACAUCCAUUAAAUAGUAGCAGCCGUAUUGCAUUUAGGAGAUCUGCAAUUCAACGAGGCCACUCUAACUGAUGAUGUUCCUUGUUAAAUUGUCACUGAGAAUAAGUUGGAAUACUUGUCAAAGCUAUUACAAUUGAGUAUCAAAGAAAUAAGUGAAGCCCUCAUACUCAAACAAAGAAUUAUAAAUAAAUAGAAGAUUAUCUCUCCUGUUUCCUACAAUUAGUGUAUCUAAAAUAGAGACUCAUGGGCUAAAGAGUUAUUUGAACGAUUAUUCAAUUGGCUUGUUUAAAAAUUGAAUCAGAAUAUCUUACCAGAAGAGGAAAUCGAUACAAAUAACAAUAAUACCUACAUUGGAUUGUUAGAUAUCUAUGGAUUUGAAGUCUUUGAUAAAAAUGGAUUUGAGUAACUGAUAAUCAACUAUACGAAUGAGAGAUUGCAUUAGUUAUAUAUAUAAUAUGUAUUUAAAGGAGAGGAAAUUGUAUUUAAAGAGGAAGGACUUGAUAAAUUUUGUUAGCAUAUCAAAUAUAAAGAUAAUUAAGCAUUGAUAGAUUGCAUGGACAAACCUCCCUUGGGCAUUUUUGAUAUCUUGGAUGAAGUAUGUUAAGUAGGUGGAGAUGAUGAUUUAUUGAUAAGCAAUAUCAGAAAAAAGUAGAAGGAUCCAAAAUAUGUCUUACAACCUAAAAUGCCAUCUACUUAAUCUUUCAUUAUUGUUCAUACUGCCAGAAAUGUUGAAUAUUUGAUUUCUGGAUUUAGAGAAAAAAAUGUGGAUGAAAUCAGUGUGUUAACAGCAUUUUAUAGUUAAUAGAGUGGUAAUCCUUUGAUUUCAAAGCUUUUUGCUGUUGAAGAAAAAUAAACUUAAACAGUUACUAAGAAAGACAAAAGUUUAUCUAAGAAAAUUAGAACUUAGAUGAAUGAUCUAAUGAAAGAAUUAACCAAUAAAUGUGAUGUUCAUUUUGUUAGAUGUAUUAAACCAAAUGAUCUUAAGAAACCUCAAAUAUUGGAGGAUGAUUAUGCAUUACAAUAAAUAAGAUAUUUAGGUGUUUUAGAUAGUUUAAAAGUUAGAAAAUAGAACUAUCCAUUUAGAAGAUUGCACAAACAAUUUUAUAAAUAAUUUGGUGAAAUGACCUCUAAUCCUUUAUUUAAUGUCCUAGAAUAAUAAAAUGCUGAUUUUAGAGAACUUAACUUGUAAAUGUUCCAAUAAUACUAUCCAAAACUUGGACCUGAAUUAGUUCUAUUUGGAUAGAAAAGAAUAUUCAUUAGAAUUGAAGGCAUGGAUAUAAUCUAGUAAGUAUUUGCAGAGAUCAUGGCAAAAAAGAGCAAAAUUGCAUUAAAAAUUCAGUAUAAUUGGCAUAAGUACUUGAUCAAAAAGAAUUUGAAGAGAAUACACGGUCAUUAUCAAAAGAUUAAGUUAUGCAAUUGGAGUAAGGCUCUAAAGGCAUUUCAGAAUCUCUAUUACUAUCAAUUACGACAAUCGAAGAUGAAGUUGUACUAGAAUUAAUUGGAUAAGAUAUUGCAGUAUGUGUACAGAUUAUAGGCAAUUAACAAUUUUGAUGUAAUAAUGAAACAAAUUAUUUUCAUCCAAAGAUAGAUAAGGAAAUGGCUAUUUUUUAAGAGAAUAAGAAAAUUAGUGUUGGUGAAAUUCAAUAUUAAUUUAAUAAUAGAGAACAGUUGGUAAUAGAUUAGAUUGAAAAAAGUAUUGGUAAUAUAGAGUUUCUUUAGAGGAGCAAGGGUUAGAAGGAUUCAUAAGAAUGUGGUUGUUAGAUCCAAAUAGGCUAGGAUAAACAAAAGAAAUGAAUUGGCAGCAAUUAGAAUAUAAAAGUGGAUUAAGGGAGUACAAGUAAGAGAACACAUAAGAAAAUUGAAUAAGGCGGCUUUUAAGAUACAAGGAUUUGUGAAGAUGAAAUGGUUGUCAUAGACAUUUAAAUAAAUAAGAAUUAGUACAAAUAAGAUAUAGAAAUUAAUUCGAAGAUAUUUGAUUAAAUAAAGGGCAAAGAGUAUCAAAAAAGAAUAAUUUUUGAAGCCCUUAGAGGAAUAACUAAAUGAAACUUUAAGGAUUGAAGAAAAUGAUUUGUAUGGUAAUAAUAUGAAUUCGAUGAGUUUUGAUUAAAUAUUAAAUUAAGAAGAUGAUUAAUUUCGUGAUAAAGGAUAAUUAUUUGAUAUCAUAGUGGAUUUAGAAAUAUUGUCUGAUGUUGGUUGUUAUUAGCCAUCUUUCUCAUCAAAUUAUAAACAAUUAUUUUAACAAUGCUAUAAAAAUGAAAAUAUCAUAUAAAGUGUAAGAGUAGGUAGUUUCCACAGUAUUGCAUCGACGAGUACAAAUAAGUUAUAUAGUUGGGGAUUGAACAAUGAAGGUCAAUUAGGAUAGGGGAGAUUAAGUGAUAUUCCACAAUAACCCUAGUAACUUAGUCUGAAUGUAAUAAUGGAUUAAAUAGAAUGUACUGAUUUCAAUAGCUAUGUUAAAUGUCAAGAUGGCAAACUGAUUAUUUGGGGUGCUCAAUGUGGUACCAUCAGUUAUGUUGACAUAUAGCCAAUAAAAUACUUAUAGUGCAGAUUCGAUAGAACUUACAUAAUUACUAAUUCUGGAUAGGUGUAAUAUUGGGAGAGUGAUCACGUGAUAUAAAACAUAGCAACUAAUUCUCCCAUUUCUUAAUUAUCGAUUGGAUUCAAUUUUAUUGCAUUGCUCAAUAAUCAAGGGUAAGUCUUGGUGAAGGGAACCAAUGAACAUGGUCAAUUGGGUUUGGGAGAUACUGUAUUUCGGGAGUAAUUAAUUUAAAUUAAAAUUCCUUACAAAGCAAAUUUAAUUAGUUGUGGUUUGAAACAUCUAAGCAUUUAAUGUUGUAAUGGGAAGGCUUUUGUGUGCGGUUGGAAUCAGUAAGGUCAAUUGGGAUUGGGAGAUUUUUAAGAUAGAUAGAAUUUGGUGUAAUUAAAAUAUGAGACCCAAUAGAUUUGUUGUGGUAGAACAUCCACGAUGAUUCUGUUGGAGAAUAAGUAAGUUCUAUGGUGUGGUAGCAAUGGCAAUUUGAAAUUUUAGAAUGAGUUCGUUUAAUUGGCCAAGAAGAUGAAGUAUAUUCAAAAAUUAAACCCAGUGCGAAUUCAAUGUUCAUUUUCGAAAGUGAUUAGCCUAAUAAAUAUCACAUAUGUUAAGAUGGAAAAGGUCAAAUAGCCAGAGAAACUCAAGGGCAUUUUGGGAACUCUAACUCAAAAGUGGGUGGAGAGUAAUAUCAAUUCCAUAGACCCUCCGAUGAUAGAGAGUGUGUCGAAUUAUUUGAUGCAUUAUCAUAUGAAAAAGUCCAGCUUUACCAACUCGUAAAUUGUAGUAAAUAAAGUUUGUAGGAAAUGA